AUGGGCGAUCCUCUUAGUGUCACUGCCUCAGUCGUAGGUAUUGUUGUCGCUGCUGUCCAGGGCGUGCAGCUCCUCUCCAACACCAUCGAGAGAAUCCGGAAUGCUCCCGAGGCUGUGCGGAAUAUUCAAGAUGAGAUCCAGCAGCUCAAGCCCAUCCUGACUCAACUGGAGUCUGCCAUCGACGAGGGCCGUUCUGGACUCAUCCUAGACUCUGAAAUCAAGAUUGCCCUCGAGAACUGUCACCGAGUAUGCACCAAGUUCAGCGAGUCCCUCAAUCACUGGAUGAGGCAUUCUAUCGAUCAUCAGAUGUCCAUGAUCGACAGUGCAAAGAUUGGGAUUCUCCGCCAGGAUCAGAUCCGAACACUGAAAGAACAGCUGAACGGGUGUACCAAGAUACUCAACGUCACCCUCAACACUGCCAACUAG